CGAGCACAAUGCAUUUUAGACUUUGCGCCAUGGUUUUCAGCCUUUUGUUCCUUCAUUGAGCUGUACUCACUGUACUCACUUCAGAGUUGAUGAAGAAAAACAUGCGACAACGGUUAUUGAGCUGCGGCGAAUCCCACAGAAUUACUCGACGUAGAUGUACCAUUUCGAUUCUCGCCGAGCUUGGUCUUACCCGCCACUUCGAUUUCUCCUUCCAGAUCCCUGAGCCUAAUACGACCGAGGCCGUACCGAGUUUCUCCCGCGCAGACCAAAACAAGAGACAUUGGGUAUCGAUGAUCGAGCACGACAUAACAGUCCCAGGUUAUCGAUAAUCUAAUCUUCUUCGUCAUCAUCAUUUUACAAAAUCUUACCUCCUGCUCGGCUUGUCCACCCACCAACACCAACACUAUGCCGCACGCCGACUCCGCCCUGGUCCCCGAAACGGUUACGACGAAGGCCGAGUUUUGGGCGCAUGUUCUUGAGCAGCUGCAGUUUUUGCUGGACCCGGAACAGCGGAACUGGGUCACAAACAUGUCCAACGCGUCGUCCCUGAUAUACAACUCACUCCUCGCCUUCCCCGCCCACUUCGGCGCGGACGCGCGCCAAGUCAACUGGUGUGGGUUCUACCUUGAUUCGCGGUUGUUCCCGAAUGCGCGGGGGCCUGGCCACGCAGCAGCAGGAGCAAGCGAUGCUUGCGAGCGACUCCUGCUAGGCCCGUUCAACGGCAAACCAGCGUGCCAGUACAUCGCCACCGUGCCCGGCAAAGCGCGCGGUGUCUGCGCCGACGCGUACCUGCAAGGACGCACGGUGGUCGUGCGGGACGUGGAGGCGUACCCGGGACACAUCGCGUGUGAUGGAGAGACGCGCAGCGAGAUCGUGUGCCCGCUUGUUCUGCGCGAGGGGGACUCGACCCGCGUCCUGGGGGUGCUCGAUCUGGACUGUCUUGCCGAAGGUGGCUUUGGGGAUGAAGACAAGGUGCGUAGCAAGUCUCACGUCAGAGCACCGUUUGGCACGUGCUGAACAAUCUGUGCUACGUAGGAGGGACUCGAGAAGAUC